GUUGGACAAGCUUCCGUCCGCCCGACUUAUGGUUCCCAUUUGUCCCUUCUCCCCAGAUUUAUAGCGGACCCUUUAAACCCCCAUCUCCUCAAUAACAUUUAUAUCAUUGGUCAACUUCAAGUCUCCAGGCUUUGAGGGGGCUGUACAUACACACAUAUGUACAUAUGUCAUAAUUACAACGUUUGUUAGCGCAGCCACGUUGCCCAAAAUAGAGGGUCAGCAGGUCCUAACCUAAGCCUAAGAAUUUAUUGCUAGUCUGCGCAUUGCAUGUGAUACAGAAUCCAUCGUCCGUCAUUCAUCUAAUAGGUCUGAAAUACGGAGAUUCAGAUUCAUACAACACUAUUAUAUUCGAACACACAAAUCAUCAUUACACAAGAAAAAACCUGCCAUCACCAACGAGAAGAUGGCUACUACCAUCGUCCAACCACCAGAUAUCCAGCAGGUUUUAGGGCCUGUCUUACCUUCUUUACCAGCCGCUGCUUUGUCAACCGAACCGCCAGAGAAUGUGCUACCUCUUCUUUCUCCCAUUCUACGACAGCGUGUGAAACUCUUAGCAUCAUCUAGCUCAGACCCUUGGAUUCGCUUAUUAUGCUACGAUCCGGCCAACGUUCCCAGGUUGACAGAGAUUGCCCAAGGCGAAGGACUGCAGCCUCAUCCCGUGUCCGGGGAGGUUGAAGUUGAUUGGGAUUACGAUGCUGAGAUUCGCUAUCGACGACUGGACGAGGAGACUCUUCAAGCUCUCGUAGCUCUCAAAAACCUCAACUUGACAUUUCGCUUAGUCUAUUGUAUUGGCGACCCUAUGGGCGGCGACGGUUGGAGGCUAGGCGAGGUUAGCGUGGCUGAGAAGCCGUCGCCAUUCUCGUCGUUCGGGGGUGUCUCCAGUGUUGACGAGGCAGAAAGACAGUUCAAAGAGUCAAAGUCAAAACCGGCGCAAAGCAACGGCUUGGCUAAUGGUCGGAGCACUAUGUUGAUGCCAGAUAACGACGAAGACGAAGACGACGAUUACUGGGCGAGAUAUGAUGCGACACCUGCAAGAACCCCUGCUAUAAAAAGGUCACCUGCCCCGCAGUCGACGCAGGGUGGCAACGCGACAGCCGAAGAUGAUUACUAUGCUCAAUACGACGAUGUCCAGCCAGCCAUGGACAAUCAUGACCCUGACGAGGAAGUCAAUCUUGACAUAGCCCCACCUCUAGGUUUAGCGGCAAGAUCAAGCACUGGUGUGGUGAACGGGGGCGACGAGGAGGAGACGGAGAUCAAUGAGACUCGGGGGACGUGGACACUUGCCAACCCGCCCAGAUCACCCUCCACUCACUCGAGAAGAAGUGGCGAUGACCCGAACCUAGUUCAUCCUCAUCCUCGGCCAGCAUCGAGUACAGGGUCCAAUGCAUCGAUCGAGAAGCUCGAAGCGGCGGCAGCGAAGCAAGAGCAGAGCGACUUUGGCGUCAAGCAGCACGUAUCUCGAAGCAUCAAGAGCUUGUUCAUGCUGUCCCGUGCGUCGGGGAUUGAUCGUGACGAGUUCGAGCGUCUAGUGAAGACAGAGCUAGACAUGUUAGGGCUUAUGGAAGAGUAAUGUCUAGGUUUGGCACAUAGUCUGUGGAAGAAGUUAUUGCUGUUUAAUGUUUGUUUUUCAAAAAAGGUUGGGCAACUCGGUUGUAUAUGAAUGGCGUUCUUUGGAGGGACAAGGAACAAUUUGGCGGGCCAGCCUCAAUGAUUGGAACCCGUCUUAUGCUAUUACCCAGGCAUUUACGCAAGGUGGAAGGUUUUGUUGGGGAUGCUCGGCAUAUUUUGAGUUACGGGCCGGCGUAACUAGCCCAUUUCCCCCAAUAUGAUAGGAUCGACCUCAUGAGCAUGGAUGCAUCAUAUGGCGUUAUUUUGAUCAGUCACUUCAACUUGAGGUUCAAUGUUUACUACAUAAUUAUAGGUACAUACAUACAUGUAGGUAUGUACAGUACCUAGUAACUAGUAAACUCAUAUCUGAGGAUAUCAUGAAGAACAAAUAUAAUCUACUCCUAUUAAUUCACC